UUAAAUCAUAUUCCAAAUAUGUACAUGUUAAAUAUGCUGAAGACGACGUUCCUCCUUUUAUGCAUAUUGCUUGAAGUGUGUACCAAAGAAACUCCCCAAGACUUCAUCAGUAAAUUCAACAAGUACAACUCUGUAUGUCAAGGAAUGGGAUAUAAAACAAUGAACUGUUCUGAAAAAGAGAAAAACAUCAUUGCUUUUCAUACGCUUUUGUCUAAACGUCAAGAGAAUCUUGGAAAGAGUACCGUUGUUGUAUUUGGGAACGUAUUACUGAACACCGGAAAUGCUUAUGACGGUACGACUGGGAAAUUCACAGCACCUGAGGAUGGUAUCUACUCAUUCACGUGGACUAUUCUUACUCAGCCUGGAAAAUAUUUUCACACCGAAAUGGUUCUCAACGGUCACAUAAUUAGUUAUAAUUAUGUAAAUGGAGUAUCGGGCAAUUCUCACUAUUCUUCCGGAUCAUCCUCAGCUAUAAUUAAAAUGAAGAAGAAUGAUAAAAUCUGGAUUAGAACGUAUGGAGAUGGAAAGUUUGCGUAUGAAAACUGGUCAUCCUUUUCCGGAUUUAAAUUGUAA